AUGCCACCUUCCCAAGCAAACGAAGACCAACACAAGUCUCCGCCCGACAUGUACCAUAAGACCGCGCCCAAGCAGAUCCUCCAAAGAAAGCAAAUAUCACAGCAAGAGUACGAUCUUCGGGAAGAAUGGGCUCCUGAAACCGUCAAUGAUUACCAGGUGACUCCCAACAACCCUCUGCCAGCCGCUCCACACGACCAGGCACAGCUACAGCCAAAGCCAAAUCAAGGAGGAUGGGAACCUUAUAACACUGAGGAAAGACAUUCGCUGCAUCAGCCUCAGCAUUAUCAGCACGCCGCUACCAUCGCAGGCCCAAGUGCAAACGCAAACACCAACACCAACAACAAGCAAGGCCGUGUGCUCAACAGACGCUCCACUUUGUUCGAGGAAUGGAAGGCUAAAAGCUUGCGGAGCCCGGAGCAGGUGGAAGAGGCUCGUGCGGUGCAGAGGGAGAAUAAGACUGGCAACAGGAGGAUCAAUACGUCGGGAGAUGUCAGAGUGGCAAUGGGAGAGCGCUUUGAUAAGGCUGGCAGUGGGCAAGUGAAGCAUAAGCCAAAGAAUGAUAGUCGUGGUCGACAAGUCGGAUUGAUCAAUAACAAGAGCAAUGCUGUGUCUGGCGAUGCUAGGAAGCCUUUGGUGGAACACACUGCUGAAGCGUCUAAUAUUCCAAAAUCCGAAUUAGCAAACACUCAGCUGGCCGAUUUGAACAAGACCAAGGAUAUUACUACGUCCGGGGGUACCGAAAAGACACUGAAAGAGCCUUUGAAUGGUACGGCCGAUACUGAGGCGAAGACCGAGCCGGCCAAGAAAGGCCUUAUUCACCAAGCCAAGACUCAGGAUAAUGCUGUUCCUGAAGAUGCUAAUAAGCCCAUAAGAGCUUUGGUUGAAAGCGCUGAUGGCCACGCAAAGAUACAGCCGGCGAAUCAUGGUUAUAUUCAGCAACCAGAGGUGAAUGAUCAUCAGCAUAAGAUCAAUUUCGGAGAUGUCAUAGAGCCAUCGGCAGAGCCUUCAACUGGGACAUCUGAUGUUCAGGCGAAGACUAAGUCGGUAGAGAAUGAUCUCACUCAGCAACCCGGGGCGGAGACUCAAGAGUCUUCGGCAAUAGCUGAAACUCAGACGAAGCCCGAGCUAGCAAACAGAAAUCUUCCUCAGCACAACGAGAAAGACAAUACUGAAGAUAGUAUCACGCGAGAUGCUGGGCAGACUAUGUCUGGAGAUACCAAAGCACCGCUUGAUGGGCUCUCGGGUGGAACACCUGAUACUCAGACAAAGGCCAAUUUGGAGACCGAUGGCUGCGUGCCGGAGACUGCGGUAACCAAGACCGAAGACACUAUCACGUCCAAGGGCACUAUUAGGGAUAAAAGGAAGAAUUCCAAACGAGCAGCCGUUCUUCAAGCGAAGCCCCUACCUUCAAAUGAUGGCAGCAAUCAACAACCUGAAGAAAAUAAGGCCGGUAAUGUCAUUGAAGUAGCUCACCACUCUGCUCCAUCUUCCGAUAAAGUCAAUGCGCCCAUGAGUGUUCCCAUGGUCAAGCCGAGAGAAAACACCAGGGGAAGGUCUAAUAGAAAAGGGAGGACCAGCAACAACCAAGUGGAGGACCCAGAGCGCCAGUGCUCCCGCGAACGUCAGGCUGCUCAAGCAGAUCAGCCCUGCCACACUCGCCAAUCUUCUCGAGGUCGUCCAGGCUUGCAGGAACAUCAAGCAUCUCUGGGACUGCAGACCUCUCAGGCGACUCGGCCUAUCAAUGCACGUCAGCCCUCCAAGGAGCGUCAGGGCUCCCACGCACAUCACCCUUCUCAGUCUCGACAGGUCCCCGUGGAGCGUCAGCAACGCUCCCGUGAGCGCUCGAGCGAGCAAGUAGCAUAUACAGCUCCAAAUGGCACUCAGCUUACUGUGGAAGAGUUAAGACGGUUGGGCAACGGAAAUAUACUUGCCGGCAAGGAUAAAGUGUACUUCAUGCCUUGCUUCAUAGAAGAUCCCUGGAGCGGUCUGAUUCCCGUUCCGGUGACCCGUCCGCGCGAUCUCAUGUUCCGAUUCUAA